AUGCGCGGCUCGUCUCUGAUGACGUCAGCCGCCUCGUCUCCCGUCGCUCUCGCUUCUCGAUUUGUCUGUUUGGUCUCGCUACGAGCGCGCGGGCAGCCCCGCAUGCGGCGCCGUCCUCCUUCCCAAGUUCCGAUGGCUUGCGACGGGCGCCUCCCGAGGUCCCGGCGCUCUGCGGUCUCGCUGCUGGCGGCGGCCACCUUGGCGCUCUACUUGGCCCUCUACGGCCUCUGUCCUCCGGGAGCCGCACCUCUUCCGCCGGCCAGCUGCCCCGUUGUGUCCCCGUUGCUGGUUGGGCCUCGGCCCGUCCAGCUAUCCUCGCUUCUGCCGACUUUGGAGGAGAUCAGGAAGAGAAGGGCGUCGGCGCUGUCGCCGGGCGGGCUAUACCGGCCGCCGAACUGCGAACCUCGGUGCCGCACCGCCGUCGUGAUACCGUACCGCGACCGGCUGAAGCACCUGCGCACUCUCCUGGACCUCCUGCAUCCGUUCCUGCAGAGGCAACAGAUCCGCUACAGAAUCUACGUCGUGCAGCAGUGGGGGGACGCUACCUUCAACCGAGGAAAACUGCUGAACGUCGGCGUACGGGAAGCUCUCCGAGACGAAGACUGGAGCUGCCUCGUCCUCCACGACGUCGACCUGCUGCCCGAGGACGACCGCAAUACGUACGCCUGCCAACGGGAGCAUCCCGCACACCUGGCUGUUGCCGUCGACAAGUUUGCUUACAGGCUGCCGUACCCUCAGCUUUUUGGCGGGGCCGUCGCACUGACUCCGGACCAGUUCAGGAAGGCCAACGGCUUCUCCAACAAGUUUUGGGGCUGGGGCGGAGAGGAUGACGAUUUGGGGAACAGAGUGGCUCUGUCCGGCAUGAAGGUUGUGCGCCCCCCAGUGGCCAUCGCUCGCUACAGAAUGAUCAAGCACGGACGAGACCGAGGGAAUGAGCCCAACCCGCAGAGGUUUGACCUCCUGAAAAGGACCGGACGCGACUGGCGCUCCGACGGCCUCAACACCCUGACCUACAAACUCGUCUCCAAAGACCUCCGACCUCUCUACACGAACCUCACGGUCGACGUCGGAGAGAAGCCGUAAUUCUGGCCAAAUGACAAACAAACACUGAUGUGAAAUGUCGCCGUGUGUGUGUGGGUGGGGGGGAAAACGUGAUCUGCACCAUAAAAAAACUGUUUCAGAACUAUUUUGCAAGCAUUGGACCAACUUUAGCGGGAAAAAAAAAAAAACAUAUGGCGGAUACCAUCCCUAACUCAACCAACGCUAGUUCAAUGUACCUCGAUCCUGUUGAUGAAAAAGAAAUUACAGACGUAAACAAAUGCAAAAUGAAAACUUACAAAAGGUCAUAAAGGUCGCAUCUCGAAACCACUAGCGCACAUCUGUAACCUGUCAUUCUAAAUUUCCCGAAUAAAUGAAAGCAGCCCAAAUAUCAGCGUUCCAAACUGGUUACAUCCACAACUUCACAAAUUAUCGAUCAAUUUCUCUUGCUUCGACAAUUCUCGAAAAUCCUGGAAAACGUUUUAAUAGUAGAUUAUGUAAAUGUAUAGACAAACACAAAUUACUCAUCGAUUGCAAACGGCGUACAGCACGAGCAGAACUCAUAGAUGAAAUUGCAAAGUCCAUGGACAACAAAAAAAAUGAUUGGUACGUCGAUAGACUUGAAAAAGCAUUUGAUACAGUCAAUUACAAUGUAUUCACAAUGAAAUUCGGGGACUCGGGUCGGGGGAGCUUUGAAUUGGGUGAGGAGUUAUUUGAAGACGAGGCAAUUUGUGAUGAUUGAUGGCUGUAGUCAGAAUGUUAGGACAUCGUGUGUGGCGUCCCACAAGGGUCAAUGCUGGGACCAAUCUUAUCCAACACGUACAUAAAUGUUAUUUGCAAUGUAUGAAACUCCUUGAAAUGUAUCCUUUUGGCUGAUGACACAAACAUGUAGGAAGUUAAAGUACACGCCAAUCAACGAUUGUGGCCUAAACCAAACAAAUUCGUUGGGAUGCGUGAAAAGUGACCUCACGGAGUCGUAUUAGGAAAUAUUCGACGAAUGCACAAAACGCCCAAAACGACCCAAAGUGGCGUAGUUGAUAUGACAAACCUGUAUGUGGCGCUGCCGCUGUGAUCCUGCCACAAAUGACCGGAAACGCGAGGUUACGGCGCAAGCAGGCUAAGGCUCGCUCAAACCUGAAAAACAAAAAGAAAAACAACCGCACAACUACCAUAAUAAUAUGGUUUGUUCCCCCAAUUGAAACAAUUGUCGGUUCUAUAAUGUGUCCGUCGAUGAUUGCGUUUGUCUUUUUAUUUAUUUAUUUAUUACUAUUAUUUCAACGCGGAAAAUUGUGAGCUGAUUGGAAUUGUUUCUGUGACAGUGGCAAAGUUCAAUUCUUUUCUUUACAACAUCAACGUGUGGAAUCCGUUUCCUCCGAAAGGCGGCGAACGUCUUUUAUGGGUCGGGCUAGGCGACGUCACCGAUUGCUGUUCAACACACCACAUAAUACAAGCGUCAUAUUUAGAAUUCUUCGUUUUGUCUUUAUUGCAUUAGAACAUACAUUUGUCAUAUAUAUAUAUAUAUAUAUAUAUAUAUUUAUACUUUCCAAAAUGUGAAUUUGUACACUACAAUCUUGUAUUGUAACAUGGUAGAAAAGACUGCAAAAACAUAGCACUAAAAACAGUUACCAAACAAUGAUUAAUACAUUUGUCGUCUUGUUUUUGGCCACCAAGAACUUCAAAACAAGUUGGCAGAGAUGAUGGUGUGCGGGUCAAAACGGGGGCACAUUGAAAUGUUGUUACACAUUAAGACAAAAACAUUGACCAGUUGCUUAAUACUUCUCUGUAACUAACAUAUUAUAUUCUGUGCAUCACAUAUUUUUGUUUUGCAUUUUCUGGUUUUAAAUGUUCCACAGCAAAAUCACACACGGCAAGGAAAUGACAUCGACUAAAAAGUGCUUCCUUCUGCACUAUGUUUUGUUUUUCCACGCCAUUUCAAGAGGAGGCCAAAUGUUGAUCUUUUUCGAGAACAAACAUCGAUAUAAAGACCUGUCUCGUCAAUCAUUUGUGCUUCUUCUGCAUAUUAAUGAAACUCCACGUGAGCGCCGGACGCGAGGCAUCGCAACA